UCAGCUGAGGUGAUGUGGCAACAAUGUGCCAUUCACAUCACCAAUGCAAUCCAGUAUGUGGUAGAGUUUGCCAAGCGCAUUUCUGGCUUCAUGGAUCUCUGUCAGAACGAUCAGAUUAUCCUCCUCAAAGCAGGCUGCAUGGAUGUACUUCUGAUCCGUAUGUGUCGGGCCUACAACCCCAUCAAUAAUACAAUGCUCUUUGAUGGAAAGUUUGCAACUGCUCAUCUUUUCAAAGCUCUUGGCUGUGACGACCUUGUGAAUGCAGUGUUCGACUUGGCUAAAAGCCUGAGCCGUAUACAGAUGUCAGAGGAGGAGAUGGCUCUCUUCAGUGCUGCUGUGCUGCUCUCACCAGACCGACCCUGGCUGACAGAUGUUCAGAAGAUUCAGAAGUUGCAGGAGAAAGUCUACGUGGCUCUGCAGCGCUGCCUACAAAAAGAGGGAGCAUCAGAUGAGAAGCUAGCUAAGAUGGUGUCUAAGCUUCCCAUCAUGAAGUCCAUUUGCAACCUUCACAUCGACAAACUGGAGUUUUUCCGCCUGGUCCACCCUGAGACAGCGUAUACCUUUCCCCCUUUGUAUAGGGAGGUUUUUGGCAGUGAAAUCACCUUCCCAGACUCCACAGAGGGCUAGCACCGUGUAGCUAAAUAGCAGGAUUCAAAUAGAGACAUUGAGGUGUAGGGAGGGGAGGGAGAUAAAAAUAUGGCAACCAGCUGAGGCAAAACCAACCAGCAGUUCAAUGACAAUCCUGCACGCUACACUUUAGGACACACUCCUCUCACCUAUGAGCUCCCAGUCGUGCGGAGUAGCUCACACUGCCCUGCCAGCAAGUCCAUUCGGCUAACACUACAGCAGCUGCUGCUGGGUACUCAGUGCAUGUUACCUCUUUUUUUAGGGACUUAUAAAAGAGUAGCUGACGUCAUUUGUAUUCUCUAUUUUUCUAUGAGAAGACCUUAAACGUCUCAUAAAGCUGAAUUUGACUUUCACCGUUCUCACAGUUCCUGUAAGCUAUUUUUGAAUGUACCCCCUUUUUCCCUUUACCGUUCAGCACAGCCCUAGGCUCGAUGUAGAAUGUACAUACUUAAAAUCCUCACUCUCUUUGUGGAGGUUUUGCAGUUAUGAUGCCUGUUUCACUUCUCAGUCCAGCCACAGUUUAUAGUUUGAUUCAAUAUUUUUGGUAGCACCCAUAUUUUUUCAGUUUUGUAACGUAUGAACAAACUGUUUAAAGGGACCAUGAUCAAAGUCACAAACAGACAGGGUUUUUUUUAAAAAAAACUGUGUGAAUCGAGGGCAAGCACUCAGUCUGCCCAGCGUGCACCUACAGACUCUUGCACACAGAGCACAAAAAAUAUAGCACUUAGAUCUUUCUAGGUAUUUUUACUAGCACACCCACAGACACUGAUGUAAGUGAGCUCUCUCUUUUUUUUUAAUGCAAUCAGUGACCUCAGCCCUUAUACCUUUUCCCUUUGAAAAUGCCACUUAGAGAGUGAGAGAAUCGCAG